AGAACUUUAACCGAUCUACCAAGAUAAUUAGCGAACGCAUGAUAAUCAACGAUCGCGAUAUUUUGAGACUCCGGGGACGGUUCCCCGGAGCCGUCCAAGGAGUCGCCCAUCCCGAGUCUUAGACUCUCUCAAAGUAUUUUCAAAAACGUUCCUCAGCGGGCGAUCCUUCGAUCCCCGCUUUCAGAAUGAACUGUCAGCUCCACGAACUUAAGAAAAUGGAAGACGAGAAAAGAGUUAUAGAUUUAUAGUAUCUAUGAAUAAUGAUCGAACUGCCACCAAACGGUUAUUAACUUAAAGUCUUCCAACUAUUUUAUCAACAUACGUACGAUCUUUUUCUCAUUGAUAAAAAACACGUUUAAAAAAGUUUCAAACGAUGAUAUUUACUUUUUUAUACUUUGAUUUUUCUUCCAUCUUUUAUAUCGAAUUUUAAUAUUGGGCAUCGUUGUUUUCAAUCACCUGAUUAGCGGAGAAAUUCACAAAGCUAUUUCCAUGAGAACAUCUGUGUUCAAACUUUAAUCGGAAAGGUGCGUUUUAAAGAUGGAGAGAUCAAGUUUAUUUUUAUAAAUUAUACGAAAAUUUAAAUAUAAAUAAUUAAAUGUAUAUUCAAGAUUUUUUAAAAUAUUAUUUGCAUUAUAAUAUGACUGGACAAAUGUAUAUUAUUGAAGAAAAUUGAUCAUUAUUUCGUUGUAAUUACCGUGUAAAAACGUUCACGAUGACACUGGCACCAAAGGACCUAACCAAACUAUUAGAUAUUCUUGAUGAGGAAAAUAUGGACACUACCUUGGAAAAUCUUUGCAAUCAGCUUCAUCAAGUAUUCUCCAAGGAAGAUCGCUUUAAAGUUGGAAUGACGUUACUUCUGUUACUGCAACAUAUUGAUUUGUUACCAAAACAUGGUCAACGAAUAAUGGCCUUAACAAUGUUGUUUGAUUUGUACAGAGGAGAGCCAUUAGCUUCUACACCAUUUGCAACAGUUUUUGUUCAAGUGUUGAAACCACAAGAGGAUACAACUAAUGGUGUUUCGAUAACUAAUUUCUCAGGACAUAUUCCUGUACUUUCUGAAUGUGAGAAAAACUUACUUAUUAAUUUGUUAGGAUAUAAUCAAAAGGAAGUAAUGAAGAAAACACCGCGCCAAUUAAUCGUAGAUGAUCUCUAUUUUGCAUCAACACCCCCAAUAGACUUAACCAAUUUGCAGUUGCAACUUGCCGAAUAUCAUUCUGAACUUCCUUCCAUAAGUAAAUGCGGCAAUCCAAUUAUAUUACCAGAUAUGGAUCACUCUAAGAUAACAGGAUCCGAUAAAAAGAUAUUGAGAAACGUUGCAGAAAAUCUUAUUGUCGGAGAUCCACCAUUAUGUGCUCAAAGUUAUAGUCCUGAAUUUUUAAGAUUGGCUCCACCUCUAUAUCAUUCUAUCAAUGAAUUAGCAUGGUUUAAUGUCACAGAUCCUUCUGAAUUUACUGUGGAAUAUGAUAAUAGUAUGUGUGUUUCCAAUUGUGCUGGAGCUGAAGCACGUAGACUAAUGGGCAAAGCUUUCAAAAGUGUUUUGACACUUCAACAACAACAGCAUUUAGUUAAUGAAUUAGAUAGGGAUCCAAAACUGGUUUAUCAUAUAGGUCUUACACCUGGAAAAUUGCCAGAUUUAGUAGAAAAUAAUCCAUUAAUUGCUAUUGAAGUUUUAUUAAAACUUAUGCAAUCUAGCCAAAUAACAGAAUAUUUUAGUGUUUUGGUAAAUAUGGAAAUGUCCCUUCAUUCGAUGGAAGUUGUAAAUAGGUUGACUACCACUGUGGACUUGCCAACUGAAUUUGUUCAUUUAUACAUUAGCAAUUGUAUAUCUACCUGUGAAACUAUAAAGGAUCGUUAUAUGCAGAAUCGACUUGUACGUCUAGUUUGUGUAUUUCUUCAAUCUUUGAUUAGGAAUAAAAUCAUUAAUGUUCAAGAGUUAUUUAUUGAGGUGCAAGCAUUUUGUAUUGAAUUUAGCCGUAUUAGAGAAGCAGCAGCAUUAUUUCGUCUUUUGAAACAACUUGAAUCAGGUGACAUAGGUGGAUUAAAUGCACCCCCUACAAAGAGCAAAAUAGAUAUGUGUUAAGACAAUACCUUUCUGUUGACAUAUUUUUUUCUUUAGUUAACAAUCUGAUUUUUUUUUUUUUUUUCUUUUCAUUUUUAUUAUAUUAAAUAAAUAUAAAAAUCAUGUUUUUGAGAUAUGUUUUAAAAUGACAUACUCAUAGAGUUUUCGAAUCUAUGCUAGAGAGAUCCUGUAUAUUAUUAAUGCACAAAUCUAUAUAAUUAUUUAUUAUAUUUCUUCCAGCAAUGACACAUUGUAUUUAUUUAGAUAUCUUAUUGUAUUGUGAUUAAAUUCUAUAUUUAAUGAAAUUAUUUUUAUUUAAUCACAGAAAAUGAGUGAAUAUAACCGAUUACGCUAUUGUACAAUUAUUUCUACAUAAAAAAGGAAGGAAUACCUGUUUUAUAUUGGCAGCCCAUCAUUAAGAUGUUUAUUUUAUAUUAUUCUGUCAUUUUCAAAAAUGAAUAAUGUACAAAAUACAUAUGUGCCAUUAUGUAACAAUGUUCAAUGAACAAGGUGUACACUCUUCUUAGCAAGUAGUAAUUAUGUUACUGUUUGUAUAUUUAGAAUAUUUUUAACUUGAAUUAUUACACAUCUCAGUUGUAUAUUACAAAAUAAAUGUCUUUAUAUUACUUGUGUGUUUUCCAGUAACAAUUUAAAUUGAUUGUAUAUUAUAAAUUGUUGUUUUACACAAUUUAAUACAUAAAUGUACAAUGAUAUUUUGAACACACAGAAAUUUAUGAUUUUACAAAGGAUGUACAUACUUAUAAUAAUGUAAAUUUCAAAAAAGCGCUUACUAUGUUUUUUAAAGCUUGAACCAUGAAAAGUACGAUUAAAGGUAUUUUUAUGUUUCA